CGCAGCAGCACAGCGUGUUGGUUGGAGCAGCGUGUUGGAUCGGGCUGCACCGCAGGAGAUUCUAUCCAUCCAUCCAUCCUUGCUCUUUGUCAGCUAACACCAGCACCAUACGUACAGGCAACGCACGCAGGUGACGUAUCUCUCGCCAUGGCCAUGGCCACGAAGCUCCAAUGGCUGCCACGGCUCCUCCUGCUCGUCCACUCCACCUUCUUCCUGGUCAGCCACACCGUCGCCUUGCCGUUGCCGUGGACUCUCGACCACGCCUCCGGCCUCCACCCUGUGGUGCUGCUGCCGGGCAGCUCCUGCAGCCAGAUCGAGGUCCGCCUCACGGACGACUACGAGCCGCCGUCGGCGCUCUGCGCCGCGCACAAGGGCGACGGCCGGUGGCACCGGCUAUGGAAGAACGCCGCUGCUCCUGAUGCCGACGCCGUGUGCUUCGCCGAUCAGAUCCGCCUGGUCUACGACGAUGCCGCCGGCGAUUACCGCAACGCGCCGGGCGUCGAGACCCGCGCCCUCUCCUUCGGCUCCACCCGCGGCUUCCUCGCCGACGACACCGCAGACAAGGAGCUGUGCAUGGGGAAUCUGGUGGAGGCGUUGGAGCGAGCGGGGUACCGCGACGGCGAGACCCUCUUCGGCGCGCCCUACGACUUCCGCCACGCGCCCGCCCCGCCGGGGACGGCGAACAGGGAGGUGUCCCGGUUCCGACGGCGGCUCCGGGAGCUGGUGGAGCGCGCGAGCAGGACGAACGGCGACAUGCCGGUGGUGCUCGCCUCGCACAGCCAGGGCGGCUACUUCGCCCUCGACUUCCUCAACCGGAGCCCGCUGCCGUGGCGCAGGAGGUUCGUCAAGCACUUCGUCAUGGCCUCCACGGGCGCCGGCGGGUUCGUGCUACUGAUGCAGGGCCUCCCCUCAAGCGGCAGCUACGGCUCAGCAUCCCCCGCCGACGUCCUCUCGCCGCCGCAAGCCAGGAUGACCUUCCCUGGAACUCUCUCGGCACUGCCGUCUCCCGUCGCUUUCGACAACGACACGCCGCUGGCGGUCACACAGAACCGGAGCUACGCCGCGCGUGACAUGCCGGCGUUCCUCGCGGCGGCAGGGCUGUCGCCAUUAGAGGUGCGGCUUUACAAGACGCGUGCCCUUCCCGUGGCGCUGAGCCUCGGACCGCCGUUGGUGCCCAUGACGUGUGUCAACGGCGUCGGCGUGCCGACCGUGGAGAAGCUCGUCUACACCGGCUCCGGCGGCCUCGGGGCGGCCCCGGAGGCGGUGUAUGGCGACGGGGAUGGCGUCGUGAACUUGGCGAGCAUACUUGCGCUUGAUGUGGUGAUGGGGGGAGACCCACGGCAGGAAUACUAUAGGUCCAUCAGGAUCACCAAUAUGUCUCACCGCGGCGUCGUCUCCGACUCUCGAGCCCUCGAGCAGUUGCUCGGUGUGAUUCUUCACGACGUCGCAUCCACGGUGGAUACGCAUGCGAUGUAGUGAAAAGAAUUGGGGAGCUCACUCGUGAGGAGAUCUUGACCCAAAUGGAGGUCUCUCUUCGGAAUGGUGGUGGUGGUGGUGGUGUGGAUGGAGGUGGCCGUCGAGAUGGUGUGGUGAUUUCCCUCACGAGGAUGGUGUUUGAUUUCGUGCAUGCAUUUGGUUUGGCUCGAUCCAUAACAUGAAACAUGCUAUGUUGUAGUGAUUUCGGAUCAAACUUAAUCGAUGUGACGCCUUCCGAAUAAACUAUUUGCAUGUUUAGAUUUGAAUUCCUCAA